AUGCUCCCACGACCUAUAAAUUCUUCGAGCGCUGGUUCCAGCUCUAAAUACAGGCGGAGAAAUAUUAUACGCAGUUUGAGCUAUAAAUUCAACUUUGAUCUAGCCCUCCUCCAGCUCUUCUAUUUGACGAUAUCCCCGAGGAGGUUUUACCGCCAGCUAUACUAUCAUAAGCAGACUAAGAACAGAUGGGCGAGAGACGAUCCAACAAUAGCUGUCAUCAUAGCUGCUACACUCGCAGUCAGCGGUCUUGGCUGGUCCCUUUCCCUGCAUUUGGGCUGGCGAGGGUUGUUGAAGCUGUUGUUCAGGAUGCUACUAGUCGACUAUGUGCUCAUUGGUGGGCUUAUAUCCACGUGUUUCUGGCUCUUCGCUAACAAGUUCUUGACCCAAACGCCCACCUAUACCACUACCAAUUCCCAGUCCAUAGAAUUCAGGUACGCGGUCGAUGUCCACACCAAUGGCUAUUUCGUCAUUGUCCUCAUCAUAUACCUCAUCCAGCUUUUUCUCUACCCGCUGCUAGUGAAGGAUGAGUGGAUCUGUACCUUGUUCGGAAACACGCUGUAUGUCGUCGCGUUAUUGCACUACGUACACGUUACGUACCUCGGCUACGCUGCCUUGCCGAGUGUGAACAACAGCGAGCUUAUUCUUUUUCUCGCCUCAGUCAUUAUCGUACUCUACUUAGCGUCUCUCGUUGGCUUCAACGUCUCGAGAGCGUGUCUUUCGUGGUACUUUGGGAUGGAUUUCUGA